CUGAGAUCGAUGAACAAUGUCUGACCUAUGAAAAGUCUAGAGAUACUGUGUAUACUAUGAGGAAUUUAUUAGGACACUUAUCCUGCCGGUUUUUUCUGACCGUUGUAUUCUUUGGUUGCAAAUUAUGGCCACAAUACAGGGAACAAUUCGAUAUAUAUUCUUUUUCCACUUUCUCUCAAUAUUUGGAUUCUGUCAAAAGACUUCGCUUAGCUAUGACAUCAGAUGUCCAAAACAGUCUGAGUGGACUAUUGCGGCAACAGAAAAAUGCGGCAAAGUUUUAGAAUAUUUUUGUCUCUUGGAUGAUAAUGUCAACAUUUAUACAGAAUCGUGUAAAAGAAAUCCAGAUUUAACUCGUGACAUAACUUGGAUAGAAGGUAAAAAAUGUGUAAUCAGAGGAAACCGCAACGAAAAAGAUUGUUCUACCAAUAGAUACCAACCUUUCAAAUUUCGGACAGAUGGACUAAGUGAUUGUGUUUUCAAAAAAUCAAACUGCACAGACGAAGGAUUAAUCAUGUAUACAGAUGGGUCAACAACAAAAGAUACACAGUGUAGAUGCGACCAUUCUAAAGGCUUUGCCUUUCUUUCAAAACCUAAACAUGGCUGUUAUUGUAUUCCUUCCCAGGAGGAUUGCUCGUGCUAUCAGAAAGAAUGUCAAAGAGGAUUUAAACUUUCUCUGAACUACACUUGUAUAUCUGUUGACAGCCAGGAUGAUCAAAAAGCGUGUUCCAGCUUUAACACAAGAUCAUUGAUUAAUACUGGUUCACAGAGUCAAAACUUGAAUCAAACAACGAAAACAGAUCUGAGAUUCCUUCCAGAAAAAUCAUUUUAUUUUUUGUUUGGUCUGAUUGUAUUACUGUUACUGUUUGUAUUUGAAAAACUACAAGUGACCAUUGAUAUAAAUGAAAUUUAUGCAUCACCUGGACAGAUGACAACAUUAGAAUUUCAUCUAAAAAGUACAGUACCUGUGGAAAAAACAGAGAAAAAAUUGCGGAAAGAGGAAGACGGCACUGAACUGAUACUGUCGAUAGGGUCUGGCGGGUCUCUCGUAUAUACAUUUGAUGAUCCAGGUGUAGAUGACACUGGAACAUAUACAUGUAUCGUAUCGAACCGUAUCGGAAAGGAUACAGCAGUAUUAAAGCUAGUUAUCGAAAAACCAACAGUAAGCGUUGAUAGUCAUGAGAUCUUUGCAUCACAACAUCAGCCGACACGAUUAGAAUUUUAUCUGAAAAGUACCUUACCUGUGGAAAAAAUAUUACGAAAAGAGGAGGAUGGCACUGAACUGAUAAUGUCAUCCGGAACAGAAGGAUGUCUUGUGUAUAUGUUUGAUAAGCCAGUGGGAGAUGACACUGGAACUUAUACCUGUAUCGUAUCGAACCGUUUAGGCGAGGAUAGAGCAGUUAUAAAGCUUUUUGUUGGUGAACGGCCAAACGUGUUUAUACAAGACGAAUCGUUGAUCGCUAAUGUAGGCGGAGAUGUCUGUUUAAUCUGUAACCUGGACAGUAAGCCUCAGGUUAUCGACUUGACAUGGUGGUUCAAUGACGAAGUGAUUUCAUCAACAAAUAAUGAACAUGGUGAUAACAGGUUUCAAGCAGGAACCGUAGAAUGUCCUUCUUUAACAAUAACCAACAUUACAUGUACUGAUAAGGGAAGUUACACCUGCUGUGCAAGAAAUAUCAUCGGUACAUGUACGAGUUCACCUAUUGUAUUAUCCAUAGAAGGUUUGUUUAAACUUAUUAUUAUAAUUAAGUUAAAAUAA